UCUAAGUUGAGCUCGCUAGAGCGCUGACAGACGAUUAGACCAGAAAGUCCUCUUGUGCCUAUAGAUAGAUAGAUAGAUAGGUGAAGAAGCUUUCUGGAGGGGAUUUUUUUCCUCAAUGUACCGUCCGUGACAUCGGCAUCGGCGCGCGCUCUAACUAGCAGCCACUGACAAUGCGCGACAGAUGCGUCUUUACCUUUAACUGUUAAAGAGAUUUCGGAAAGCGAAGAGACAUUGAGUUAAUCUGGGAAUUAAUACAGAUAUGAUCACUGCAGCUAACGAGCACGCGUAGCUCUGUCCUGGUUAUAGUAGUUGUCCUGAUCUGAUUUUGGCUGAAUAGCUCGUUGAACGCGCUGCGGCUCUGACAGGUCAGUUCUUUUGUCACUACAGUGAGUUACUGCUGGUGAUGCUUGUGUGCAGUGACGUUGUGGCGCUUUGUCCAAGGUGCGCUGGAGAGAUAUAGUUGAAUUACAUCAGUGCACCAAGUGACUGGAGUGCGACACAGAGAGGAGACACGGCGCUGGAUGAAUGGGAGGAGAGGUGUUAAUUCCUAAUAAGAUUUGCACUAGUUGAAGCGUUAAGCAUCAUUUAGAGUAGAGGUGCAUUCAUGGAAUGCGAAUGUGACCGCAUCCCACUGCCUAUCUAACUUCGACCAAGACAGUAAAGAGGAGUGACAGAAAAGACUUUUAGGAAAGAUGGCAGAGACAACCCUGGAGCCACUGUCCUCUCUGGACAUUGCCAUUGAUCCAGAUUUUGAGCCACAGAAACGGCCGAGAUCAUGCACUUGGCCUCUGCCCGAGUCCAGCAUGGCUAAGCCUGCAUCCAAUGACACUGAUAUAAUCCCAGAGGAAGAGGAUGAUGAGGAUGACAGCGCGAUGACAAUCAAUGCCAAUGGCAUGGGUGAAGGAGAGGACAACGGCAGCCCAAGCCUGGCCGAAGAACUAAUUUCCAUUAACGGCCAGGAGAACACAGGCUCUCCACUCUCUUCUCAGGCAGCUUCCGCAACCACAGCGAGUCCAGAGGUGGCCAGUCAACAGCAAACUCCCAGGAAGUCAUCUUCAAGGAGGAAUGCAUGGGGCAACCUGUCCUACGCCGACCUGAUCACCAAAGCCAUAGAGAGCACCCCUGACAAGAGACUCACACUGUCCCAGAUCUAUGACUGGAUGGUCAGCAGUGUCCCCUACUUCAAAGACAAAGGCGACAGCAACAGUUCAGCUGGUUGGAAGAACUCCAUCCGGCAUAACCUGUCCCUGCAUAGCCGUUUUAUCCGUGUACAGAAUGAAGGAACUGGAAAGAGCUCGUGGUGGAUGAUCAAUCCUGAAGGGGGGCGGGGAGGUAAAGCGCCAAGGCGACGUGCAGUCUCCAUGGACAAUGGUAACAAAUACACCAAGACUGCACGUGGGCGUGCGGCCAAGAAAAAGGCAGCGCUGCAGGCUGCCCAGGAGGGUUCACUGGAGAACAUAUCUGCUGGUGGCCUGUCCAAGUGGCCAGGAAGCCCCACUUCCCGGAGCAGUGAUGAACAGGAAUCGUGCUGGACUGACUUCCGUUCUCGAACCAACUCCAAUGCUAGCACCGUGAGUGGACGCCUGUCACCUAUCCUGGCCAAUCCAGAGCUUGAUGAUGUCUCAGACGGGCCACCCCUGUCUCCAAUUCUUUACUCCAGCCCCAGCAGCCUCUCUCCUCCAUCGUCAACCUCAUCAAACUCCAAAACGUGCCCGGGUGAACUCCCAGUACUUGCUGACCUGACUGGCACAAUGAAUCUUAAUGAGGCGGACAACCUAAUGGUCGAUUUGUUAGACAACAUCGCCACACAGGUGCAGGUAGUUCAAGAAUCCUCUCCUUUCAGUUUUGGCUCUAAGAGCACUGCGUCACCCCCAAGCACCUCUACAUCUCAAACUGUGAGCAACAACACUGGAGGAUUCAGCAACCCCAUUUUUGGCCCUUCGCCGGGAAGCCUCCGUCAGAAACCCAUGCAGACCAUUCAGGAAAACAAGCAAACAUCGUUCUCCAGCAUUUCUUGUUUUGAGACCUCACUUCAGGACCUGCUGAAUUCUGAUUCGCUGGUCUCUCACAGUCAUAGUGAUGUAAUGAUGACGCAGUCAGACCCACUUAUAUCACAGGCCAGUGCUGCAGUCACCUCUCAAAACUACCGUCUACGCAAUAAUCCUAUGCUUCGUAAUGAUCCCAUGAUGUCUUCAUUCAGUUCUGUGCUCAAUGGGCGAAGCGGGCACCUACAGAACAAGCAACACCAUCAGGGGUCUAAUGGCCAGGGAUCUUUGCGUUCCCUCUCCAACAACAGAGCGCAAAGUUUAGUUAACGAUGCCAAUAAUCUAGUCUCAGCAAAGCAGCUCCUCCAGCCACAGCCCACCAUGCUGAUGACCGAGACGCCGCUUUACACUGGCAUGAAUGGAAGUAAUGGGCUUGGAAUCUGUCACCCUUCAGGAACAGAUCGAUUUCCCUCAGACUUGGACCUUGACAUCUUUAACGGCAGUCUGGAUUGUGACGUGGAUUCCAUAAUCCGCUCAGAACUAAUGGACUCCGAUGGACUGGAUUUUAACUUUGAUGCUUUAAUGCAAAAUGCUGUUAGUCUGAAUCCUGUGGGAAACUUCACUGGAACAAAGCAGUCCAAUCAUAGUUGGGUGCCAGGCUGAUGGGAAUUGCUCAGGCUCAGCUCAUCAAAGAAAACAACAAAUAACCGAAUAACAACUACAAAAAAUCCUGCACAAAAAAUAAACAAACAUCCAACAGACUUGAAGUAUCCUUUGCCAAGUUUGCUGUCUGCGGCAAGCACUGGAUGAUAUGCCUGUUUACAGGUCCAUCUGACUACAACAUCCCUGAUGAUGUUUACCUUCAGUUCAGCAGACCCAGACUAUAACGAAAGACUGCCCAGUGGAAGAAACACUCAAACUAACAGUGAACUCAGAUUAUUAAUGCCACAUUAUGCAAUGUUUGAAAUGAUCCCUUUUGUUAGAGGUGAAGUAAUCUGAAAAUUUCGUUUAAAGAGGCCUGUUGUAGCUUUUCUGUCAUAAACAUACAGUAGUUUCCAUGGCUGGGGUCUCUCUCUCUCUCUCUGUUUUUCCUAACUUUAUUUGUUAAAUGAUCGGCUACUUGUGUCACUCUCUAAGCACUAACUCUGUAGUCACUGAUCAACAUAAGAAGCGAAGAGUUAACCUGAAAAAUUUCAGAGCUCAGGUGGAGUAAUGUAGCUUGACACAGUGCACUUCAUUCAAUGCUUUCAUUUUUAAUUCACUGUUACCAUAAAGUAGUUAGUUCCCAAUCUGAAUUAUAGUUGCCUCAUAAUAAUAAUGAAGUAAUGCAUUUUUUGUGAUUGAAUAUAAUCAUAUAAGGAGUAAUUCAUUUGUGUUUACUGUCUGUAACUGUACAAAAAAGUGGUAAAACUGAAAGCUUAUAGCAGGUGGAGGCGUCUUAUUUAGCCAGCAAAGCUAUGUUCGGACUUCUCACAUUUAAAUGUAGCCAAAUGUAAUGAAUAAAUAAAUAUUAACUUGCAUCGUGGACAUUUCCAUGCCAUACCAGGUGCUAAAUGAUCAGUGUUGAGCCCUGUCCUUUAUUAAAGGCCAUUUGUGUUUCCCUGGCCACGAGGACUAGCAUAAUCGAUUAGCAUUAGCAAUUAGCAUCAUGGCAGCAUUCAAUGGUGGAUGAGCCUUUCCUCUGAAAGCCAUCUUUACUGAGCAAAAACAAUAAGCUAUCUUUUGUAUAUUUGCCAAAUUACUUGAAAACGUAUAGGAGAUGCUGGCAGCCAAAAUCACAAACACACAGUGAAAUCCGGGGACAUUUGGGUCUCCGUAUGCAAAAUGCAUCACUAUUGCUCAGGGGAGAGUGGGGUCUCCAUUUUAAAACAUCAGGGCCUCAUCUUGAAUUAACUGCAACCUGGCUGUAUGCGAUUUCAGAAAUGUUUUAUGAACAUACGUACAUGAACAACAGUCUUCUAAAGUAAGGAGAUAAAGCAACAGGAAUCCAUCCUGUGUUGUUGUCAGUUUAUUGAUGUCUUCAUGGGGGUUGUCACUUUAUUAAACUUCUUUCUGUUUGUUCCAUUGUGCUCAACUGUUACCACAAAAUAUGUACAAAUCCUGAUGUUUUGUGUUUCCGUCUCUCAGAGAGAGCUACCGUUCACUGCAUACAGUACGUCCAUCUUUGUAUGCAUGCAUGUAAAUGUACAUAUGCAUCGUGUGCAAUGCAUAUAUAUGUAUACAUACAGCUAUACUUAUGAAAUGUAGUGAUAAUACAACUGUAUCUUUCAAAGGCCAUGCACAUGAACAAAAUAGUGGAAUUGUUACAUGGGGAGUUGGACAUGGUUUAUAGCAGAAGUGUCAAAAUCUAUGUUUACCAUACUUUUAGUCUGCUUUAAUAGCUAAUAAUGUGCUAAUAGUAGAGUCUUUCAAGCCCCAGUUUGCUGCAGAUUUGGUAAUUAGUAGGGAUGUCCUGAUCAGUUUUUUUUUCUCCUGGAGUCAUUUGAUUUUAAGUAUCUACUGAUACCGAAACCUGAUCCGCUACUUCUAUAAUACUU